GUGCUGGAGCAGGAACCCUUGCACUGGAUACUUUCACUGGACGUCAUUAUAAUGGCUAAAAUCAACAGCAGUCCAGAGGUUUUAAUUAUCACAUCUCAUGAAGCGAAAGAAUUUGCCUACUCUCCGUACAGCAAGUUCAGAGUAGGAGCAGCUCUACUCACACACGAUGGAACAGUCUUUACCGGAUGUAAUGUAGAAAACGCUUGCCUCACUCUUGGUAUCUGCGCUGAGAGAGUUGCCAUCUCCAAAGCUGUGUCAGCAGGACAUCGAGAGUUCAAGGCCAUUGCUAUAGCCAGUGACAUGGAGGAUAAUUUUAUCUCACCAUGUGGUGGCUGCAGACAGUUUAUGAGGGAGUUUGGUCUGCAAUGGGAAGUUUAUUUGUCAAAACCAGACGGCUCUUUCAUAAAGAUGACUGUGAAGGACCUCCUUCCUGAGUCAUUUGGUCCUGAAGACUUGCUGAAGAAUAGCCAUUAGAUUAUCUGACUGAACAAAUAUGCUGGCAGUUGAAAAUGUUGAAAAUGUUGACCGUAUAUAGGCUUAUAUAUUAUUAUAUUUAUAAGACUAAUGCUUGCUGAAAUGUACAGACCUUGAUGUGACCAUUCAGUGGUACUAAAAUAAAGGAAAGAUUAUUUAAGAAAGUGUUAAGAAGUUUUAUUCCUUGCCAAAUGCUGAAUACAUCAACUUUUAUACUACAUUUUUUUACAGUAUACUGCUGAAUUCUUUGUUUUGAUUGGUCAGAAAGUGUUGUUUAAUUAUCUACAACAGCAGCUCUAACAAUAGCUCCAGCUGGAAUUCAAAUAUCACAUGUUUACAUUAGUGUGCUCAUCCUAAUAUGUUAUCAUUUCUGUAGUAUC